CGGUAGAAAAGCGACUAGAGUUUCACAGCAGGAAAUUAAACUGGGGUGGGUAUGUUAUUUUACCGGUUUUAGUGUUAAUUGUUUUGUCCUGUCUUUCGUCUCAAUUGUAACAAACAAAAAGCAACGAAAAUGAGAGAAAUUGUCCACAUUCAAGCAGGCCAAUGCGGCAACCAGAUUGGCGCUAAAUUCUGGGAAGUUAUUUCCGACGAACACGGUAUCGACCCCACCGGUACCUAUCAUGGCGACUCGGAUCUGCAGCUGGAGCGAAUUAACGUCUACUAUAACGAGGCCAGCGGCGGUAAGUACGUGCCGAGGGCGGUGCUGGUCGACCUGGAGCCCGGCACAAUGGACUCUGUGCGCGCCGGGCCGUUCGGACAAAUAUUCCGGCCGGAUAACUUCGUCUUCGGCCAGUCCGGCGCCGGCAACAACUGGGCCAAGGGGCAUUACACAGAGGGCGCCGAGCUGGUGGACAGCGUCCUCGACGUGGUGAGGAAGGAAGCAGAGAGCUGCGACUGCCUGCAGGGCUUCCAGAUGACGCACUCCCUGGGAGGCGGCACCGGUUCCGGAAUGGGCACCCUCCUCAUCUCCAAGAUCCGUGAAGAGUACCCCGACAGGAUCAUGAACACCUUCAGCAUUGUGCCAUCGCCGAAGGUAUCUGAUACCGUCGUGGAGCCGUACAACGCCACCCUCUCCGUUCACCAGCUGGUCGAAAACACCGACGAGACUUAUUGUAUUGACAACGAGGCGCUUUAUGACAUCUGUUUCCGUACACUGAAGCUCACGACGCCCACGUAUGGCGACCUGAACCACCUAGUUUCGGCCACCAUGUCCGGCGUCACCACCUGCCUCCGGUUUCCCGGCCAGCUGAACGCCGACCUCAGGAAGCUGGCCGUGAACAUGGUGCCCUUCCCGCGUCUGCACUUCUUCAUGCCGGGCUUCGCGCCGCUCACCUCUCGCGGCAGCCAGCAGUACCGGGCGCUGACCGUGCCCGAGCUCACCCAGCAGAUGUUCGACGCCAAGAACAUGAUGGCCGCCUGCGACCCGCGCCACGGCCGCUACCUCACCGUCGCAGCCAUCUUCCGUGGACGCAUGUCCAUGAAAGAGGUGGACGAGCAGAUGCUCAACAUCCAGAACAAGAACAGCAGCUACUUCGUCGAGUGGAUCCCAAAUAACGUCAAGACGGCCGUGUGCGAUAUUCCGCCACGCGGUCUCAAGAUGUCAUCUACCUUCAUCGGCAACAGUACUGCCAUUCAGGAGUUGUUCAAGCGGGUUUCGGAGCAGUUUACCGCCAUGUUCCGUCGCAAAGCUUUCCUCCACUGGUACACCGGCGAGGGCAUGGACGAGAUGGAGUUCACCGAGGCCGAGAGCAACAUGAACGACCUGGUGUCCGAGUACCAGCAGUACCAGGACGCCACCGCCGAGGAGGAGGGAGAGUUCGACGAGGAAGAAGAGGAAGGAGAUGAGCAAUGAAAUUCAACAUCAACAGCACCUUACCUGGCAACCACUGUCCUGUCAAAAUGUCUGUUAAUACCAUGUCCCCUGUCCCGUCCAAAUUAUACAAAGCCCAAUUCCAA